AUGUUAUUUUUAUAUAAAAUUUUAUAUAAGUAUAAGUAUUAUUUUAUAUUAUACAUAUUUACUUAUUUUAUUUAUAAUGUAAAUUGUAAGGCUAUACAACUUAUAUCUAUAAAAGAUGAUGGAAAAUUAGAGCUUAUAAAUGAAACUACAGAAAUGAUUAAAAAUAUAAAAUCUCCAAUAUCAAUAAUAUCAUCAGUUGGUCAAUUAUCAUCAGGUAAAAGUUUCUUAUUAAAUCAAUUACUUGGUAUAAAAGAUGCAUUUGAUGUAUGUAAUUCAUUAAUGGGAUGUACAAAAGGUAUUUGGAUAUGGUCUGAUACCUUAAUUAAUAAAAAUAAUAAACAUAUUUUAAUAUUUGAUACUGAAGGGAUAUUUUCUUCUAAUUCAUUUAAUUAUGGAAUAAAGAUAUUUUUUAUAUCUAUUUUAUUAUCUGAUAAGAUUUUAAUAAAUUCUUAUAGAAAUAUUGAUAAUAUAAUAAUUAAUACAUAUGAUAUAUUAAUAAGACAAAGUUUAUUAAUAUUUACAUUUAUGAUUGGAAAUAUAAUUGAAACAAUAGAAAAAGAUAAUAAUAAUACAUUUAUAAAAUAUAAUAUAUAUAAUAAGAAUUUAUUGGAAUUAUUAACGAAUUUCAAAAAUAAAAGAUUUAAUUUUAUAAUUCAUAAUGUUUUAUCUAAUAUAAAUUUAGAAGAAUAUAAAUAUUGGAUUAAUAAUUUAAAUAAAAAUAAUGAAUUAAAUAAAGGAUUUUUUAAAGAUCUAGAUUUAUUAAUAUUACCUAUAAUAGAUAAUAAUCUAGAAUAUAAAGAUAUAAAUAAGAUGGAUUUAAUAAAAGAUAUUAGAGAAAAUAUAUUGGAUAUAGAUAAUGAAGAUAAUAUAUUAAUAAAAUCAGGUUUUGAUUUAGUUAAUAUUCUAGAGAUAAUAAUUGAAAUAAUAAAUUUAUCAAUUUUUCCAGAAAUGUUGUCAUUUGAGAAAUUAUUAAAUAUAGAUAUAAUAAGAUUUAAAAAUAAUUUAAUUAAUAAUUAUAAUUAUCAAUUAAGAAAUAAAAUAUUAGAAUUAAAUAUACCAAUAUUAGAAAAAGAAAGUAAUAAAAUAUAUAAUAAUUUAAAAAAUUUUAUAUGUUUUAUUUGGAGUAAUAUAAUUGGAUAUAAUAAUGAAUAUAAUAAUAUAUAUGAAGAUUUAAUUAUAAAUUUAGAAAAUAUUUAUAACAAGAUAAUGCAAGAAAAUUGUAAGAAGAUAAUGUUAUAUUGUAGUAAAUUAACUGAUUCUUAUAUAUCAAUAAUGUUAGAUAAAAUAAAUAAGAUAGAAGAAAAUAUACCAUAUAAUGAAGAUGAUCUUUUAAAUAUAAUAUUAGAAUUACGUAAUAAUAUACAAGAUAAUUUUAUGAAUUGGAUAAUUAUAUAUCAUAAAAGUGAGAAUUUAGAAAUAAGUGAAUAUGAGAAUAGUAAAUGUUGUAAUUAUAGUAUGGAUAAUCUAUUAAAUAUAAUUAAUAAUAGAAUAAUAGAUUUGAAGAAUAAGAAUAAAUUAAAGAUUGAAGAUUUUGUAAUUUUAGGAUGGAAUAAAAGUCAAGAAGUUAUUAAAGAAAUAUUAAAUAGUGAUAAUAAAUUUUAUAUGGUAGAUAGGAUUAAAUUUGAAGAUAAUAUUAAUGAAAUAUUUGAUCAUAUUUGGGGAUUAUUUUCACAAUACUCAAAUAUUACAAUAGGUAAUAAAUUAUAUGAUAAAUAUAAUAUACAAUUGAAUAGUAAUAUGAAUUUAAUUUUUGAGAAGCUUAGAUUAAGAUGGCUACAAGUAUGUAAAGAUAUAUCUUUUUCUACUGCACGUGGUUUAUCAAUAAAAUUAAAUAUGAAUAUUAGAAGUAAAUUAGUUUUUCCAUGUACAGAUGAAAUGAUAUUUUCUAUUAUUAAAGAAUAUCAAGAUAAGAUAAUUGAGGAAAUGAAGAAUUUAUAUUGUGUAGAUGAGAUUCCUUGGAAUGAUGCUAUAGAAGAUCUUUUGAAUACUAUAAAUGAUGAUAAAGAGCAAUUAUUAAAAGAAAAUAUUGAAGCUUUUAAAAAUUUAUUAUAUAGACCUUUACAAUAUGCUUUAAAGAAUGUUUCUAAUUUAGUAAAUUUUUCAUAUAAUUGGGAUAAUUUUGCAAAAGAGGCAUCUUUAACAGCUUAUAAAAUACUUAAUGAAUCAGUUAAUGAAUAUCCAAUUUAUAUUAAUGAAUCAAUUAAGGAGAAAGUAAUUGAAAUAUGGUUAAGAGAUGAUGUUGGAUAUUUAUAUCAUAUAACUUUAUGGAAUAAAUUAGAAAUUAUUAUUAAAUUUAUAUUUUUUUUAAUUGGUAUUAUAAUAUCAUUGAUAAUAAUAUUUAAUAAUGAUAAAUCUCAUAUUUUUAUAAUAUUUAAUUUGAUAAUAUUAUCAUUAAUAUUUUUUAUAUGUUUUCAUAUUAAUAUAUUAUAUAAAUUAUUUUCAAGAUAUUUUGAAUAUUUGGUUUUAUUAAAUUAUGGUAUAAUUUUGGAAUAUUUAUUCAUUACAAAUUUAUAUUUAAAGAUAAUAUUUAUAAUAAUUUUAUUUCUAAUAAUUACUUAUAUUAUAUGGAAAUAUUUUAUUUGUAAUUUAUUACAAAAUAAAGUUGAAAGACCUUAUGAAAAUAAUAUUGUAGUUAAAACUUUUAAUUUUUAA